CAUACUAGAGUAGAAGCUAGAGGAGACAAACCAAGUCCAAAAUCAACCAAAAUGAAAACGUAAGACCAAAGACAAACAGUUUCGUGUUUCCUUUCUCAUUUCACCAUUCCAAUGUACACUCUCUCGCUACUUUCUCUCUCUAAAAUAAAGACAUAGAACCCCCACCAAACCAAACCUUCAUCCUUCCACCAGCAUGCUUGUAAUGCCACAGCCACCCAAACCCUUCAACACAAUCACCAUCACAAUCAUGAUAGCCUUCACCUUCUUCCUCCUCUUCCUCACCGGUUUCCUCCAAUUCCCUUCUAUUUCACCCUCUCUCCCGGGUCCCAUCCACGAUUCCUUCACGCUCCCUUCUACAAAUACCUCCUCCAAACCCUUCACCGAUCUGGUUUCUUCCUUCAGAAAAUGGGACUCGCAAGUGGGUUGUGCGAAAUUCAGAGAAAAAACAAACGGGGUUUUGUUGAAUCAGUCAAAGAUUGUUUCUUUGCAAGAAUUUGGUGGGGAUAAAGUUUGUAAGGGUUUUAAAAUGAACCAUGUUAGUGUAUUGGUUAAAGGGUGGACGUGGAUUCCUGAUAAUUUGGAUAAUUUGUAUUCUUGUCGUUGUGGGUUGAGUUGUUUGUGGACUAAAUCCAAUGUUCUUGCUGAUAAGCCUGAUGCUUUGAUGUUUGAAUCAUCUACGCCUCCGAUUCAGAGACAUGUGGGAGAACCUCUUCGUGCAUACAUGGAUCUUGAAGCUGGCCGAAAAAGAUCAGGUCGAGAGGAUAUAUACAUUAGCUACCAUGCUGAAGAUGAUGUACAGUCAACCUAUGCCGGUGCUCUGUUUCACAACGGCCGAAAUUAUCAUGUCUCUAAUACGAAAAGCAGUGAUGUUCUUGUUUAUUGGUCUUCGUCGCGGUGUCUUCCUCAAAGAAAUGAACUUGCCAAGAAACUUCUUGGCUUGCUGCCGCAUCAUUCAUUUGGCAAGUGCCUAAACAAUGUUGGUGGUCAGAACAUGGCUCUUUCGUUCUUUCCUGAGUGUGAAAACGAUGAAAAUGCUAAACCAAAAUGGUGGGAUCAUUUACAUUGUGCGAUGUCUCACUACAAGUUUGUUCUUGCAAUUGAGAACACUUUCACCGAGAGUUAUGUGACAGAGAAGUUAUUUUACGCGUUGGACUCGGGUGCAGUUCCUAUCUAUUUUGGUGCACCAAAUGUCAUGGAUUUUGUUCCUCCUCAUUCUAUAAUAGAUGGUAGAAAAUUCAAAUCAGUGGAAGAACUGGCUUCAUACGUGAAGGCGGUAGCUAAUGACCCGGUAGCUUAUGCAGAAUACCAUGCAUGGAGACGGUGCGGUGUAAUGGGUAACUAUGCGAAAACACGAGCUAUGAGCCUUGACACGUUGCCAUGCCGGUUAUGCGAGGCUGUUAGCAGAAAAGGUGGAAGAAAUGCAAGAAGCUAGCUAGGGUGAAUUGAUAGCCCUGCUUUACAGAGAUUAGAGAAAUUGAGUUUAUAACUUUGUAUAGAGGCACACUUCUUUAUAGGGUCAUUCCAUUAGUUUUUUUUGGGGUGCUUUUAUCUGAUUACAAAUUGUGGAUGACAUAACACUAGUUAAUUCUUGGUGAAGUAAUUUUAAGAAAUGCGUGCAUAUGUAUGUCAACCUGCAAAGGGGACUUUAUAUAUAGACAGUAGACACCAUUGUCAAGAUAUCAUAGUUGAACACACAACAUAGAAUGUGUCAUUCCUGUUUAACGCCAA